GGAGUUUACAGGCCGCAUGUUUGUUUAGAUUUUUGGAUCAUAGUGCGAUGGCUAAGCAGUGACUAAUAAUAAUAUUAUGUCUUCUACGCCUGUGAGCGACACUCGAAAUUAUAUCAAAUAAAUUAUUCGUACCGUUUAUUUAUGAGAAAAUAAGAGUUUUAAUUAAUGCGUUGUCUUUUUCUGAUAAUUGCUAGCGGAGAACGUUGUUGUAGUGAUAACAUUCUUGGAUGACUGUCGUGCGUGACGAGAUUUAGAAUGUAAGCUGAUCUUGUGCUGAAGUACGCCAUUGCGUUGUGAAUUUGUUUUGCUCUUCUAAAUCUUCCCACUCAUUGUCUCAACAUGGCGCGGUCUCUGAUGCCUGGAUAUCAAAAAUUGGCAGAGAAGUUGAUCAUCUUGAAUGAUCGGGCUCAGGGGAUGUUGACAAGAUUAUACAACAUUCGUAAGGCCUGCAUCGAUCCAGAAUCCAAGCCGAGAUUUCUGCAAGACAAGCAGUUGGAACCUGCCAUUCGACAUGUUGAGAAGAAAUUCCCUGCUAUCAAUGCGAAAUCAAACGGGGGUGUUUACGGCUAUUUGGCCCAAAUUCGUGGGGAUGUGCAGAAGCAGUUAUCCAUUUAUUACGAAACUUUCGUGGACAUCUUGGAUUUUAAGGAUCAUGUCAGCGAAUUACUUACAACGAUGGAUGCCUGCCAAAUUACUCUCGAUAUAACAGCGAAUUAUGACGUUACGGUGCGGUAUCUGGAACUUGUGACCAAAUAUGUGUGCCUGAUGAUCAUUCUUUCGCGAGUGGAUGACCGGAAAGCUAUGUUGGGACUGUACACAGCGGUGAACGAAUUAGCUAAUGGAGUGAGUGAGCCCAGCUUCCCGCGACUUGGCCAGAUGAUUCUGGACUACGAGAGUCCUCUGAAGAAGCUUUGUGAGGAUUUUGUUCCACAUAAUCGAAUACUUUCCUCGGCGCUGCUGUCCCUUCAGAAGAUCUACUCGCGACGCAAUUUGACUGCUGAUCAAUGGCGAUCUGCACAGUUGUUGAAUUUAACCAGUUUCCCACUAACUUUAUCAACCCCUGCCCAUACUGAAACGACUGCUUGUGAAUAUCUCAGCCUGGAAACCAUGGAACGGUGGAUACUUAUUGGGUUUACGUUAUGUCACACUUCUUUGAACCAACCCGUCGCAAUGGAACUAUGGUCGUUGGCGCUGCAUACCAGCUGGAUCAUGACGCUGUUCCGGGACGAAGCCAUCCAGGUGCAUUACUAUCUGAUAAGCUUUUUUGAAUCCAUAAAAGGUUUGAACAAGCGAGUGAAUGAAUUAAGGGACAGCUAUGCCGCCGUCGUGCAGAACUCGAUUGUCUUCCAUAAAGACCGUCGAUUAUUUCUGAGAAUAGCCUUGAAAGAGCUGAAUUUGCUGUUUAGUGACCAACCUGGACUUUUGGGCCCUAAGGCGUUAUUAGCGCUGAUUGCUCUUUCUUUGGCGCGGGAUGAAAUAUCCUGGCUGAUUCGGCAUUCUGUCCAUUUUGACCCGGGUCAACCAUCCAAGGAUAAACGAAAUCGCGGUUACGAUGAAAUUAUCGACAGGCAUCUGCCAGAAUUGCUGUUUCUUACAGAGCAAUUGAGAGAGCUAAUUCGUCGGCACGGAAAGAUUAUUCAGACUUAUCAUAUUCAGUACUUGGGCAGUUUUGAUUCGGGCAUGUUGAAUGCUCUGAUGCAGAACAUUUCCACUUUACCAGAAGACGAAAACGUGAUUUUAUCUUCGUUAUGUCAUUCCUUGAGUGAGCUUAGCCGGCGGAAAAACAACAGCGACAUAAAUUGCGAUACUGCGGAUCUGAGAGAUGUUCGCUUGGAUUGGUUUCGGGUGCAGGCGUCUGCUAGUUCUACUGCUAGGAAUAAUUUUGUCCUGCAUGAGCACAAAGAUCUGGUGUCUCACUUGAAUACAGUGGCAUAUCAUUCCCGCCUGGUCGAUGACCUGGAUAAUCUUCUGGAGGAAGUGUCCGAUUUGUCCAUCUGCUGUUUUUAUCAAAGCUUUUUCCAAGAGCAGUUCUCUUUAUGCCUGGAGUUUCCAUCGCAAACGCGAUUCAUUAUAGCUUUUCCGUUGAUUUGUGGGCAUUUCAUGGCGGCUACCCAUGAACUGUGCCCGGAAGAGCGGUCGUGUCUAGGUAAUAUUGCCAUCGGAAUGACCAAUUUCUUUUUGGAAGAAAUGGGUAAAGAGGCCAAGGGGAUAAUUUUCGAUAUUUGUGAUGCGCAAAACGUCUUGGCUGAUCAGCUAUCUCCCAAAUAUGCAGCGUACGUCUUAGUUAAUCAGGCUGCUCAAGAGCGAAAAGGGAAAAAAUCAAAAGCUGCUCCUGUGCACCACACGCUUCCGUUUCCGGGUCAUGAAAGUUACAGGCGCAGCCGAGAAGAUUUGACUACUUACGACAAAUGUCAUAUGGCACUCACGGAAUUGUGCUAUUCCAUCAAUUAUAGCAGCAGCGUGGUUGUUUGGGAACAUAUCUUUUGUCCAAAAGAAUAUCUGGUGCAACAGAUUGAGUCUUCAUUGGGAAAGGUCUUUGUCGAUUUAAUCAAUUAUAACCCAGAAACCCAUGGGAUAGCGCGUCCUUCGGAAUUACUUGUCUGGAUUCAGACAUACAUGAAUACCCUGCAGACACUGGAGAAUUAUGUUCAGGUCGACAUGUCCCGCGUGUUCAAUACUGUCAUGCUGCAGCAAACUCAGCCAACCGACACUUAUGGACAAAAAACGAUAACGCAGAUUUAUACAACAUGGUACCUCGAGACGAUGUUGCGUCGUGUGUCUAAUGGACACAUUGUAUUUUCGCCUCUUCAAAAAGCUUUCGUGGCCAUUAAUCACGAAGGUGGAGGAUUAGUGCGACCCGAAGAUUACGUCAACCUCGUUGAGUUGAGGGCGUUGGCAGAACUGAUUGGACCGUAUGGGAUGAAAUAUUUUUAUGAAACUCUGACGUGGAAUGUGGCCACGCAGAUUGGAGAACUGAAAAAACUGGUGCUGCAGAAUAGUGCCGUUCUUUUGGACUUGCGUACAAGCUUUGAUAAGCCGGAAAAUAUGAAGGAAUUAUCCAAGCGAUUGCAAAAAGCAAAGGCAGAUCAUGACGCCGAUAAUUUGCUCCAUCGGAUGAUCCUGAUUGGGAUGAUCUUACACUUCCGGUCUUUAUGUCAGGAACCGCUUAUUGAAGCAGUGAAAAAACACGUGCCAUAUUUGUAUUCGUCGGUGGAAGACUUUAUGAGCUCAACGCAUACGGGCGAUGCGAUGAUGUUGGUUAAUGAAAUGUUGAUUUCUGUCGGCCUGGAACCAAACAUUGAUGCGGUGCUGAUUAACGCUAUUAGAGCACAAAAGAACGAAAAGAAAGAAAAUGUUUCGGAAGAAGAUCACCAGUUUACUUGUCUGUUGAUGGUGUUCUUGGCCGUUUCUCUGCCGCGGUUGGCUCGUUUGGACGAAGCGGUUUUCAACGUCGCCCUAGAAGCCCAUAUGAACAACAUGCACUGCCUCGGCAAAGCGGUUAAUGUGGUGUUGGGGGCCAUGUUUUACUUGUGCGAUCGCGGUGACACCGUUGAUCGUAUGAGGGAAUUCUUAGCAUUGGCAUCAUCCAGUUUGCUGAGACUGGCUACUGAGUCCGACAAAGAGGCCAUAAAAAACCGUGACUCCACUUAUUUAUUGUUGGAAUAUAUUGUUAAAGAGUCGCCGUUCCUGACACAGGAUCUCUUCGAAGCUUGUUUUCCCCAGGCACUGUACCGGACAGCUUACCAAGCUGUACAUCGCACCGAUCGACACCUGAAUUCUUUUGCAUAAGACUGUGGGACUAAGGAUGUUCCAUUGAACUCAGAGGUGCUUGCUUGUUGGAUCUGUACAGAGUGCUCGUACUGGUGUCGUUUACGUCAGUUUUCCCAGUGUUGUCUUAGUUUCUUUUUACUGUUGACUUUUUUUACUGUUAACUGACAUUUUUACAUGUUUUUUUUAUUUUUUAUUAUUUUAUACAGUUUUAUGUUUUUCGGAAUGUCAUUCACACAUCAAAUCAGAGUAACAUCUGGUUAACAAUACUAUGAUUCAGAACCAUUCAGAUCCGUAAUGCCAAGGUGAGGG